AUGAAUGCAUAAAACCGGAAAAGGAAAAAAACGUCAGCUGACAGUACUCUGUUUAGUUGAGUGUUGCCUGACAGUUCAAAGGCCUUUCAUGAGAGAUUAAAAACCCACACGUUAGUGAGAAAGUGAGCUAUGUUACGACCGAAGGCGCUGACGCAGGUUCUCAGCCAGGCGAACACCAACGGAGUCCAGAGCACUCUCCUGUUGAAUAAUGAAGGUUCCCUUCUGGCCUACUCGGGUUACGGGGACACUGACGCACGAGUGACAGCCGCCAUCGCUAGCAACAUCUGGGCGGCCUACGAUAAGAACGGCCACCAGGCCUUUAACGAGGACACGCUCAAAUUCAUACUCAUGGACUGUAUGGAGGGAAGAGUGGCCAUCACUCGUGUAGCAAACCUACUGCUGUGCAUGUACGCCAAAGAGACGGUGGGCUUUGGGAUGCUUAAAGCCAAGGCAGAUGCCCUUGUGCAGUACCUGGAGGAACCAUUGACCCAAGUGGCCGCGUCGUAGUAGAGAAGUGACCACUGUGUCAGCCUGGAACAAAAGCAUCACAUGAUUCAGGCCAUUCAUGGACUACUGUAACAUUCUGUGUACAUGCAUUAACAUGUGAGUGUGAGUGUGUGUGUGUGUGUGAGAGAGCCCGGGGGGGGGGGGGCGGGGGAGGGGCACUGUCGUUAUAAUCAUGGUAUUGAAACUAAUGUGUAUGGGUUUUCAACACCUUGAGCUCAUCCAGUUCUUCAGAAAGUCCAAAUCCUCUGUCAAUAAGUCUGCGUGUACGACUGCUGGGAUGUUGAUUCAAACAUAUCUGAUUUCAGUUCAUCCUUCACUGAGCCCAGUUGAGCAGAAAAUGUAACAUUUCAAUUUUCAGAAGACUAAAAUGAUUUGCUGAAAACUUUCAUAAGAAAGUCUGUCAUGCAGUGAUGAUUACGCCAUUUUAUUUUAAAGCUGUCAAAUAAAAACCUUUUGGGGAAUAGUAUUCACUUGUUUAUUUUGUCUUUAUGCCAUGAACUGAGUGCUUGGUGUGUAUGGGCUAUUGUAUUUCUGCUCAAAGCUUUUGUAUUUAGGAUUAAGCGUUUAAAGCAGCCAACGUUUCAGUAUUCUCUAAAUUAUCUAAAUAGUUGUGGAAUCGGUUGCUUUUGUGUCUAAUAAUAAAGCUCUGAGAGUAUA